AUGGUUAAGGACUGCAUAGAUGAUUUGUUGCAAGUUAUCUCUAACAUGGUAAAUUCUUCCCUUGUGGAUGGUUAUUUCCCCGACAUCUGGAAAGAAGCAUUAGUGAAACCUAAGCUUAAAAAAUCGAACAUGGACUUGAUAAAAAAGAACUAUCGUCCAGUGAGCAACCUUGCGUUUCUGUCUAAGGUGACUGAAAGAAUUGCUGCUAAGCAAAUGUGCAGUCACCUAUCUAUCAAUUAUUUGUUUCCUGAAUUUCAGUCCGCUUAUCGUAACUUUCACAGCACUGAAACAGCAUUGUUGCGCACGCGCAAUGAUAUUCUUAUAAACAUGAAUAAACAACAUGUCACUCUGUUGGUGUUCCUGGACCUCAGCGCUGCAUUUGAUACGGUGGACCAUGACAUAUUGUUACGGCGUCUUAAAUAUAAGUUUGGGAUGUGUAAUAAUGCGCUUGCUUGGUUUCGAUCAUAUUUAGUGAACAGAUCCCAUCGUGUAGUUAUAGAAAACGUAAUGUCGGACAGUUUUGAUAUGAAAUAUGGUGUGCCUCAAGGGUCUUGUUUAGGCCCAUUGUUGUUUAUCCUGUACACAAGCAAACUGUUCGAUGUCAUCCACCAUCAUUUGCCCACCGUGCAUUGCUUUGCUGACGAUACGGAGUUAUAUCUCGCAUUUAACCCAAGUAGCGAUAAUGCUCAGGAUGCUGCCAUCUUAGCUAUGGAGAAUUGCCUACGAGACAUCCGGAAUUGGAUGAUUACUGAUAGGUUGAUGAUAAAUGAUGAAAAAACGGAAUUUAUGUUAAUUGGAACAAAAGCUCAGCUCGCUAAAGUCAAGAACAUUACUCUAACUAUUG